CAGACAUGCGCUCUUAGGCAACCCACUUUGCAGUGAGUGAAUCAGUCAAUUGUGAGGCUGUCGGAGGUAUUUGCAUGUGUAAAAUAAUUAAUUUUAAAAGAAAAACAUGUUGAUUAAGGAAUAUCGAGUUACUUUACCCCUUACAGUAGAAGAGUAUCAAGUGGCACAACUUUUCAGUGUCGCUGAAGCUUCAAAGAAUAAUACAGGAGGUGGUGAAGGGAUAGAAGUGCUUAAAAAUGAACCCUUCACGAACGUUCCUCUUUUGGGGGGCAAAUACAAUUCUGGUCAGUAUACUUACAAGAUUUAUCAUCUUGCAAGCAAGGUACCUACGUUUAUUAGGUAUUUAGCCCCUAAAGGUAGCUUAGAAAUCCACGAAGAAGCAUGGAAUGCUUAUCCGUAUUGUAAAACUGUUAUUACGAAUCCAGGGUACAUGAAAGAAAAUUUUGUGAUCUGUAUAGAAAGUCUACAUCUGCCAGACAAAGGAGAUAAAGAAAACGUGCACGAACUGCCGCCAGAAAAAUUAAAACAGCGAGAUGUGGUGCCCAUUGACAUUGCAAACGACCCUGUACAUUCUCAUGAUUACAAAGAGGACGAGGAUCCCACAAAGUUCAAGUCAAAAAAGACAGGAAGGGGGCCUCUUGUAGGACCGAACUGGAAAAAUUCAGUGCAACCAGUUAUGACAUGUUACAAAUUAGUAUAUGCCGAAUUUAAAUGGUUCGGUCUUCAGAACAAAGUGGAACAGUUCAUUCAUAAAAGUGAAAGACGGCUUUUCACCAAUUUCCAUAGACAAGUAUUCUGUUGGAUUGACCGCUGGCACGGCUUGACCAUGGAUGACAUUAGGGCAAUAGAAGACAAAACGAAAGAAGAACUGGAACAAUUACGGACUAAGGGCGAAGUUAGGGGGAUGAAGGCAGAUGCGGAAUAAAUAAACGAUUGGGACAGAUAAAGUUACCAACUUAGGCUUAAAUUUAUUUUCGUUCCUUUUCUAUUAUAGCAAAGCGACAA